AGUUGAAACUGAAGCGUUCUCGCGAGUAGACGCACUGGAAACCGUUAAAAGUGCCUGAGAAACUGAAUCCGCGCAUGUACUUAAUAUAAUACAAUAUUGCCAUUGUUGUUGCAACUAUAUUUAAUACCAAGUGACGUCGAAACAACGUUCAACAGCAGUCCGUUCAAGUGCUUUUUAACCUCGUGCCGUAUUAUUGCCCCAUAUUGUUGGUGUUUGUGAGUGCUAGUGCCUUCGUUCCGGAAUUGGAAUUGCCAACCAAACCAGCAUAAAUAUUUAAAAGAGCAGAGGACGAUGUCCACAAACCUGCAAAAGGCCACCCUUGAGGAAAUUCGCCAUGCGGCCGCACGCAUUUGCCGGGACUAUCUAACCGGACGUUGGAAAGUGGCAACUCCUGAAAAUUUGGUGGUGAAGCGCAUAAGUGGCGGUCUGUCCAACUUCUUGUAUUACGUAAGCCUCCCCGACUUGGAUGACUUCGAUGAGCUAGAGGAAGAACAAGAACAGCAACAGCAGCAGGUAAAUGGCAGUGUCGGCAAAGACGUCAUAGGCACCGCCACAUUGGCCCACAGUAGCCCCGUUUUCACACGCGACGAUGAGGAGGCGGCCAAGACAGCCGAGGUGGUGGGCGUGCCAUCGGUGGCCACCGAGUUGGCUAACAACGACGACGACGACGAUGACGACGCAGCCACUAGCGCCAAACAGGCCCACAAGCGUCAGCGUUUCGAUAGCGAUAGCCGCGACGCGAGCUCGCUGAAGCGAUUGCACGCUCCCAAACAGGAACCUCGUGAGGUUCUGCUGCGCAUCUAUGGCCAGACCCACGGCGAUCACGCGCUGGAGAGCAUGAUCACCGAGUCGGUGGUGUUCGCCCUGCUCAGCGAGCGGAACUUCGGACCCAAACUGCACGGUAUCUUUCCAGGCGGACGUAUAGAGCAAUAUAUUCCGGCACGUGCAUUGACCACAGCGGAAUUGGCAGAGCAGCGAAUAUUGAUGAAAGUGGCUGAGAAAAUGGGUGAGAUCCAUAGCCUCAACAUACCCAUGUCAAAGGAGCCGGAUUGGAUAUGGAACUGUAUGCAGCGGUGGGUUUCCGGCCUCGAGAGCAUUGUAAAGGGCAAUGUCCAAUCGAAACCCAAGUCCUCAGUGCUGCAGAAGCAAAUGGAAUUGAUGCGAACCUUUGACUAUGUACAGGAGAUCGCCUGGAUGAAAUCCGUCAUCGACGAGGGCGAAUAUCCAGUGGUGUUCUGUCACAACGAUCUUCAGGAGGGCAACAUUCUGCUGCGUCAGCCUCCAGCUGGUCAAAGCGAGCGCACGCCGCGGGAGUCCAUCAGUAGUUUGAGAUCCAAUUUCGACGAAACUUUGGGCGAUAGUCUUGAUGGCAACAGCAACAUCUCGGAACCGGAGACAAACAAAUCGCACAGCAUAUCGCCGUCGCCCUGCCCGGAAUUGGAUACCACAAAUGACUCGGCGCUGGAUGCCAGCUUCACAACCGACAAUGAGCCGGAUCUCAUUAUCAUUGACUUUGAGUACUGUGCGUACAACUAUCGGGGCUACGAUCUGGCCAACCACUUCAUCGAGUGGACCUUUGACUACACCAAUCCGCAGUUCCCCUACUUCUACCACAACACCAGCAACUGUGCGACUGUCCAGCAGCGGCGCGACUUCAUCGUCAACUAUCUGAAGAAGUACCACGAUGACGAGAACUACAAUCCCACUGGACAGGAGUUGGACAAAGUGGAUGCGGAGAUCCAGUUCUUCACAAUGCUGUCCCAUCUGUUCUGGAGCCUGUGGUCCGUCAUCAAUGUUACAUCGGCAAUUGAGUUUGGUUACUGGGAGUAUGGAAUCGCUCGAAUUCUGGAAUAUCAAAAGCUGAAGGCAGCCUAUCUGGCUAAAUGAGGGCAAAUGUCAGUCAAGGGU